UCCAACACAUUCUAUAUUUUCAUAUGAAAAUUAAAAAGCGAAAACUUUUCCCUAGGAAUAACCCUGGUUGUGCAUCCCAACAUCAUUAAACCCAAGAUUACGUUGAACUUUAGUGUACCCUAAACCUCCAAUUUUACCCUUAUUCCCUUAAGUCUAUGCGCGAACACACUUGUCCGCCCAGCCCCACACCUCCUCACUCCUCAGACACAACCCCUCGUCCUUCAAUCUCCUCCGCCAUCCGCCGGACAGCAGCAGCCGCGAAGGCCCUAUCCCCUUUCCCUCCACCCUCCUCAACUCUCUGUCAGCCCUAUCCUCUCCCGCUCCCUUCGUCGUAGUCGCGCUCCCUCUCUGUCGCCCUCCACGCAGCAGCAGCCUCUGUGUCUUCCUCCGUGCAUCGCAGCGCACUCCAGCUGGCAGCCACUUCCGUGUCUUCGUCCUCUCCUUCCUGCACUCUGCCACAUCAUCAAGAAUGGAGCCUUUGACUCAGUUUGAUAAGAGUACAAGUGAGAACAUUGGUGAAACAGGAAGACCGAAAACCCAAAUCAAAUCAAUCCAAUUACAAUUGGUUUAGUUUGGUUUGGUUAGCCUUAGAUAAAAAACCAACCGAAUAUUUGUUCAAUGUAUUGGAUGGCCUUUCCUCUAACAACCGAACUAUACUGCACUGUGAACACCGCUACAUAAUAUUGCUUGUACCUGCUUUAUUUAUUUAUUGAUUUAUUUCACAUGCUUGCACCUCCAGCUAGAAUUAGCCAUACCUUUCUGUAUCUUUUCUUUUCUUUUAAUCAUCUGCAGUUUCGGCUUUUUCCACAUGAUAUGUUAUUGUUGUUGAAGCCCAACUCAUUCUCACAAGGUUCUGAAAUUCAAACACUUGGAAGUGUCUCACUAUAUAUUCUGUAUCUGGAAGUGUAAACUGUGAGGAGGAGAAAUCAUGUGUCAUAGUUACGAAGCUCUGGUUCUAAUUCAAAAAAUGGUGAAAGUGCCUCCAACAAAAGCACUUUCUUUGUUCAAUUCUUUAAACCAUCACCACACCCCUCAAUCUAUUUCCUUCAUUCUUAACCAUCUUCUCUCCUCUGCCAUGCUCUCCCAUGCCCAUUCGCUUCUCCUCUGCCUUAUCUCCGGCAGAAUCUCCUCUCCUUUCUUCUCUCCAUCAUCACUCAUGCACCAACUCACACACACCCAGUUCAUUCAUAAUUCAACACAUACUCUUCUCUACGAGGCAAUCAUUAAUGCCUAUGUUCAUUCUCACUUACCUGAUCAAGCUCUCUGUUUCCUCAACCACAUGGUUUGUAACGCCCAUUUUCCCACAUCAAACACCUUUAAUAACCUUUUGAUCUUGCUCCUUAGAUCUAAUUGUUUUGGUAAAGCAUGGCUGCUUUUCAAUGAAAUGAAGGGUAAGGUUGCUAUGGAUGUCUACAGUUUCGGGAUUAUGAUCAAGGGUUGCUGUGAAGUUGGUGACUUGAUCAAGAGUUUUCGGCUUUUGGCUUUGUUGAUUCGCAUGGGUUUCUCUCCAAAUGUUGUCUUAUACACUACCUUGAUUGAUGGUUGUUGCAAGAUUGGUGAUGUUCACUUGGCAAAGAAGUUGUUUUGUAAGAUGGAGGGGUUGGGCUUAGUUCCCAAUCAGCACACUUAUAGUGUAUUGAUAAACGGGUUCUUCAAGCAUGGCCUUCAAAAGGAAGCAUUUCUAAUGUAUGAAAAUAUGAAGCAGAGAGGAACGGUGCCCAAUGUUUAUGCUUACAAUUGUAUCAUCAAAGAAUAUUGUAAGGAUGGGAAUGUAGAUAAGGCUUUUAAGGUGUUCGAUGAAAUGCGUGAGAAAGGUGUGGCAUAUGGUAUUGUAACGUAUAAUAUUUUGAUUGAUGGGUUGUGCAGAUUGAAGAAGCUUCAGGAAGCAGUAAAGUUGGUUGAUAAAGUGCAUCUUGUUGGCUUAACUCCUAAUUUAGUUACAUAUAAUACACUAAUCAAUGGUUUUUGUGGCAUUGGAAAGAUGGACACUGCUGUUAGAUUAUUUAAUCAAUCAAAGGCAAUUGGACUAUCGCCAUCAUUGGUGACCUACAAUACGUUGAUUGCAGGGUAUUGUAAGAUUGGAAAUUUGGAUAGAGCUCUUAACAUGGUCAAGGAAAUGGAGGAGAGAAGCAUCGCUCCUUCCGAAGUGACUUAUACGAUCCUUAUUGAUGCUUUUGUACAAUUAAAUCAUAUGGACAAAGCAUUUGAAAUACAGUCUUUAAUGGAGAAGUCUGGUUUGAAUUUAGAUGUUUUUACAUGUAGUAUCCUUUUGCAUGGGUUUUGUAUGAACGGUAAUAUGAAAGAAGCAUCAAAGCUCUUCAAAUCAUUGGGUGAGCUGCGCUUGGAACCAAACAGUGUCAUUUAUAAUAUCAUGAUUCAUGGUUAUUGCAAAGAAGAAAGCUCUUACAGGGCUCUUAGAUUACUCAAAGAAAUGAUUGACAAUGGAAUGGUUCCAAAUUUGGCUAGCUUUUGUUCAACCAUAGGGCUUCUUUGCAAGGAAGGAAAGUGGAAGGAAGCGGAGUUUCUCAUACAGAAGAUGAUAAAUUCAGGAUUGGAGCCCUCAGUUUCUUUGUACAAUAUGAUUUAUCGAGCCAAAAGUGAAGUUCUGGUACAAUAGCCAUGAAAAUAAUAUAACAGAUUCAUAGCCUUACUUUAUCUUCCAUUCUGCUUCAUAUCAUAGUAUAAAUUAUUAUAAUUAAUCAAGCUCAUUUAAGAAUAUUGCUUAA